AUGAUACUCAAUCUCCGAACAUUGCCAGUCAACCUCUGUAAUGACUCCAUUAACCACACUCCCUUCCUAGCUUAUGUAGUGGAACGCGGCACAGGGAUAGUGGAACGCGGCACAGGGAUAGUAGAACGCGCCACAGAUAGUGGAACGCGGCACAGAGAUAGUGGAACGCGGCACAGGGAUAGUGGAACGCGGCACAGAGAUAGUGGAACGCGGCACAGGGAUAGUGGAACGCGGCACAGGGAUAGUGGAACGCGGCACAGGGAUAGUGGAACGCGGCACAGGGAUAGUGGAACGCGGCACAGGGAUAGUGGAACGCGGCACAGAGAUAGUGGAACGCUGCACAGAGAUAGUGGAACGCGGUACAGAGAUAGUGGAAAGCGCCACAGGGAUAGUGGAACGCGCCACAGAGAUAGUGGAACGCGGCACAGAGAUAGUGGAACGCGGCACAGAGAUAGUGGAACGCGGCACAGGGAUAGUGGAACGCGGCACAGGGAUAGUGGAACGCGGCACAGAGAUAGUGGAACGCGGCACAGAGAUAGUGGAACGCGGCACAGGGAUAGUGGAACGCGGCACAGAGAUAGUGGAACGCGGCACAGAGAUAGUGGAACGCGGCACAGAGAUAGUGGAACGCGGCACAGGGAUAGUGGAACGCGGCACAGAGAUAGUGGAACGCGGCACAGGGAUAGUGGAACGCGGCACAGAGAUAGUGGAACGCGGCACAGGGAUAGUGGAACGGGGCACAGGGAUAGUGGAACGCGGCACAGGGAUAGUGGAACGCGGCACAGGGAUAGUGGAACGCGGCACAGAGAUAGUGGAACGCGGCACAGAGAUAGUGGAACGCGGCACAGGGAUAGUGGAACGCGGCACAGAGAUAGUGGAACGCGGCACAGAGAUAGUGGAACGCGGCACAGAGAUAGUGGAACGCGGCACAGGGAUAGUGGAACGCGGCACAGAGAUAGUGGAACGCGGCACAGGGAUAGUGGAACGCGGCACAGAGAUAGUGGAACGCGGCACAGGGAUAGUGGAACGCGGCACAGAGAUAGUGGAACGCGGCACAGAGAUAGUGGAACGCGGCACAGGGAUAGUGGAACGCGGCACAGAGAUAGUGGAACGCGGCACAGAGAUAGUGGAACGCGGCACAGAGAUAGUGGAACGCGGCACAGGGAUAGUGGAACGCGGCACAGGGAUAUACGCCAGAAACAGAAGACUUCAUAA